AUGUCUAUCGCCAGGGCCUUCACGACCCGGCGGGUCAAGCAAAGCCUCCAGACAUCUGACCUCAACGGUUCACCACAACAGAGGAGUCCAAAGGGGUCGCUGGGAUCUAUUCGGCACAAGAUCUCCAGUCCUGUCGAGCUGAUUCACACCACCAACAUGCUUUCUUAUAACGCCCCAGAUCUUCAUCCUCUAUCAGCCUCGUCGACAGGCUCGCACAGCAGAUCUGAUGACGAUAUGUCCGACAGUGCGCUCACCAACGGAACCACACCACCUACUAGCCCCGAUGUUGAAUCAUCGCCAAAGAGGACGAUGCAAAAGAGGGUGAUGUCGCCAGAACCGAAUCAUCUCUCCGCUUACUUUACAACCCCCGGUCAACCAAUCGAGAAGCCAUCCCUUCAAAAGGCAGCACCCAUCAUCCCACAACGGGCGCCCUCUCACUCCAAAAAGUCGCCAGCUGAGGUUGCCCGGCAAAGGUCAGCUUCCGGGGUAUCACAACGUUCUCAAGCAUCAACAAACGCCAGCUACACUUUCUCUCGGUCCUCCUCCACCAGCACAGCCACCACCGCUACCUCGCAGAGUUCACUUCCCCUACACAUGCAGCAGCACAGGUCAAAGAAUUCAGCUGCCGCCGCCGCCGCUGCUGACUUUGUCCGGAUGGCCGCGCCACCUCUCACACACCGAUAUUACCCAGCACAACCACAACCCCAGCGACAACAUAGAAAGGAGGUUUCCGUCUCUCAACAUCCGUUCGGCCAGGAGCUCGCCCAGGUGUCGGAGAUUGCGGAGGAGUAUGGCCUCAAGGAGCAGAUGAACGUGGUGGACGUGGAAGAGAAGGAGAUGGUGGCCAAGGGGCUCAAAAAGUUCAAUGCGAAUGACUACCUGGGGGAGAUUCAGGGGUUGUUUGCCAACUUUUUUGGGGACGAGUCUGAGCCUGCGGUGCCAGCCAGCAUGGCGGUUGCAGCUUGGAUUUGA